AUGUAUCACAAAAUCCUUCUCGUCGGCGUGCUAGCCACCCUUACUGGGUUGACUUCCGCCAAUGACGCGAUCCCAGGCAGUGCUUUCGAAAACAGCGGACAUGAAGCAGCCAUCGCCGGUGCUCCCAUGUAUCACUUUGGUCGCUCGUGGGACCGCAAGCCAUGCUACCCAGAGGCUGGUCAGACUGACGGCGUCAAGACGGACGGCGUUGACUCGGACCUUUGCUUCAGCAGUCAGAAUGGCGGUUGUGCCGAUCCCGGACCCUGGAACGGCGUCAACUCUCCCGGAAACCCGUUUCCGGUGUAUUACACCGUUCGGCAGUGCAACGACAAUGAGUGGCGCGUUGCGUACAGCAUCUACUAUAAGAAGGAUUCUGGCCAUAAGAACGACUGGGAGAACAGCAUUGUCAUCUGGAACGGAGACGGUGCUGGCGGCUGGAAGCGGAGCGGUACGCUGCUUGGCUGGCACAGCGGUUGGGAUUACAUUGCUUGGGGCGACAUCCAGAACACUGUGAACAACGACGGCGAUCUUUUCGACCAGGGCGCCAAGGAUCGAAACCAUGCCAAGGUUUAUCAGGGAUUCUACUACCAUGCCACGUUCUCGACUCGCAAGACGUCCCUCAACACCUGCGCCAACACUAGGGACGAGUUCCGAUCGAACGACUGGUACUUCCUCCCUGACGGCACGUGGCUUCACAACGGAGAUCUCAUCCAAGAUGGCUGGGAUUAUGGCUCUGCCGACACGAACCCGUCUUCUCUGCGAAAUGAAGCACGCUGGAUCUGCAACCGAGGCUGA